GUUCCACACGCUAUGCGCACCUAAUCAAGGUCGCAGCCCUCGUAUAUAUUAACCAGAAGACUUCUCAAUUAGGUUUUUGAACAAACGCUUUUCUGUAUCGGUUCUUGCGACUCUCUCUAGAACUCUCUGUUCGUUUUUUCGCCGCUAUCUCUAUACAUCAUGGCUCGCCGGAGCUCUGGAGGUAGAUCUGCUCCUAGGGCAGCUCCUCGUCGUCCAGCACCUCAACCAGCUUUUGCAGCUAAUCGAGCUACUCCUCCUGCUGUUGCUCAGAGCAGUGGUGGCGGCUCAUUGCUUGGAGGGAUUGGCUCCACCAUCGCUCAAGGGAUGGCUUUUGGCACUGGGAGUGCAGUGGCCCAUAGGGCUGUCGAUGCUGUGAUGGGACCCCGUACUAUUCAGCAUGAAACUGUUGUCGCUGAGGCUGCUGGUAUCCCAGCACCCACUGCGAGCAACAUGUCUGUUGACGGGUGCGGUAUUCAUUCCAAGGCUUUCCAGGAUUGCCUGAACAGCUCCGGCAGCGAAAUCAGCAAGUGCCAGUUCUACAUGGAUAUGUUGGCCGAGUGCAGAAGGAACUCUGGUUCUGGGUUGAGCGCCUAAAUGCUCUUUCUUGUUGUCCUCUCGUCAGUUGUCUAUUUGUGCACCUUGAGGGUGAAACACGAAGUAUUUCUUUUGCUAUUUGUUGAGAUACUAUUUAAUAACGGCAGACUUGAGUAAGGGCGCCGGAUGAAAUAGAUCAUUGAAGGAUAUUCCAAUUAAGUAUGGUUUCGUAAUUCCUUCAGAUUGAUUGGUCUCGCUCACGGGUGCAAUCAUGGUCCAUUAAAUCGUACCGGCGGUUCAACCACGAAAUACCAGUAUCGGAGGCUAAACCGAUAGGCG